UUAGGUUUUAGUUCUUAAACAUAUGUCCCUCCCUCUUGUGGGCAAGUCCUGUGAUAAUGAGGCACUUUCAAAGUCAUCUUCGAUGAUAACAACAAAUUAAACAAAACUUCAGCUCCUCCGUAAAAUGAAAUCCCAUUUCCCGCGAGUAAAUAUCGGAUCAUAAUUUAUCUCUCUCUUUCACUCACAGAUAUCCCCCAUUUUAGGGCAUCAAUUUCUUUUGCAGUAUCGAAAAUGGAAGCAGCAAUGGGAUUAAUGAGAAGGAUUCAUCCAAAACAUUCAGAAACUGCAUUAUCAGCAUUACUUAGUCUUUUACCUCAACAUUCCUCUGAUCUUCUUUCUCAAGUUGAUCAACCUCUUCGGGUAUUAUCUGAUAUGGAAUCUGGAAACGAGUUCAUCAUGUGUGAAUACAACCGAGAUGCUGACUCCUACAGAUCACCUUGGUCAAACAAAUAUCAUCCACCUCUGGAGGAUGGGCAACAACCAUCAGCAACAUUGAGACAACUGGAGAUUGAAGCAAAUGAUGUCUUCGCAGUUUACCGUGACCAGUAUUAUGAAGGAGGCAUUUCAUCAGUAUACAUGUGGGAAGAUGAGGAUAAUGAAGGUUUCGUUGCCUGCUUUUUAAUAAAGAAAGAUGGCUCCAAAACUGGCCAGGGUAGAAGGGGUUAUUUGCAAGAAGGUGGAUGGGAUGCCAUUCAUGUCAUCCAGGUGGGACCAGUGGACGAGACAAUGUCUCAUUAUUGCUUGACCAGUACGGUCAUGCUCUCGUUGACAACAAAUGAUGAAUCCUCAGGAAAUUUUAAUUUGUCGGGAUCAAUCAGAAGACAGAUGAAUAUGGACCUCGCAGUUACAGAUGGUCACCUUUGUAACAUGGGAAAGAUGAUUGAAGAAAUGGAAAGUAAGCUGAGGAACUCACUGGAUCAGGUUUACUUUGGAAAGACAAGGGAGAUGGUUUGCACUUUGCGUCCGCCAGCUGAAGUCGCACAACUGAGAAUAUCAGAGACUAAAUAACUGCAGCAUAUCAAGAAGUCCAGUCAGAGAGAGCGAGAGAGGAGGAGAAGAAGAAAUUUAUAGUUUGCUUGUGUUCAGUCAUUAUAUAUAUUUUGUGUUAGCUAAAUAUAAUGUCCGAUUUCAUGAAUUUCUUUCUGUCUUUCUUUCUUUGUGUUUUGUAAUCUGUUUAUGUACAAUUUAUUCAGAGGGAUUUCACCAGUAUUUCUUGAAGAAGUCACAAAGAAGCAGAACACAAACUGUUUAAACUCUGUGCAAUACAGGAGAUUUGAAUUGAAUUCCAUUACUAACAGAUGAAGCAAAA